AUGGCGACAAAUCUUCACGACGUCAAAUCCGCGGACGAAUUUCAAGAUUACCUUUCGAAAGAUCUUCAACGAGUGUCUCUUAUCAAUUUCUGGGCGCCAUGGGCAGAGCCAUGCAAGCAGAUGAACGAGCUCGUCGCCGAACUGGCGAAGAAGUAUGAAUCAGUACUCUUCUUACAGGUCGAUGCGGAACAGCUACCAGAAAUCUCCGAGUCUUUUGACGUCGAGUCGGUCCCGGCAUUUGUCCUUCUCAGAGGACAUACACUACUUGGACGUGUCACUGGUGCGGACGCAGAUGGUCUGACCAAGCAGUUGGCAAUCCAUGGAAAGACAGCCGUCAAGCCAACGGCUACCAGUGACAAAGCUCCUGCUGCGCCACUUGCGAGCGUUCCAGAGACCAACAGUGCUGCAGCUGCUCCUACAGCUCCAGAAGAGAAGCCAGCGCCGAAGGAGACGCAGGAAGAACUAGAAGCUCGCAUGAGGAAGAUUAUGGACAGUGACAAGGUCGUCCUGUUCAUGAAGGGAUCGCCGGAUGCCCCUCGAUGUGGUUUCUCCCGACAGACGGUGGCCAUCCUACGAGAGCACAAGGUCCCAUUCACACACUUUGACAUCCUUCAAGAUGAGGCCGUCCGACAAGGCUUGAAGACUUACAAUAACUGGCCGACAUUCCCUCAGCUUAUCAUAGGAGGUGAAUUGAUGGGAGGUCUUGAUAUUUUGCGUGAGAUGAUCGACAAUGGCGAGUUCAAUGAGGCACUGGAUAAUGUCGGCGUUGUGCGACAGGAGGCGUAA